CGUCAUCCUUCGCCAAGCGAGAACACGCCUUACGGCAUCUGGAGGCCCUCAUUUGCUGAGCAACACCACGUGUGCUGAGAUGCAUGGAGGAUGAGUGGAAUGAGUGACUCAAAAACUGCUGGUGGGAAGCCGGAUGCGUCAGAUGUCGACUGCCAUCUGGUGGAACUCGUGUUUGCCACGACGGGAGAGGACGACAACGCUGUGAGUGAGGACCGCAAGCUGCGAUUGAAGCGGUCUCUGCUCAUCACGAUGCCUUUCUUCAACGCGGUAAGCCGUCUUCGCACACGGAGCACAUACACCCGUUCAACGCACUGUGUGGAUGCUCGUGUGCUGAUGCAUGCUGCAGGCGCUGAAAGAAGACAGCUAUGCAGAGGGCCAAACCAAUCGCGUCGUUAUCCGAGAAGUUGGCAUCGAUGUGGCUCGAGUGGUCCUGCAGGCUGACAGUGAUGCCACCCUCAAUGGGCUGACCAAGGCCAACUUCCUGCCUGUCCUGAGGGCACUCGGCUACUUCUGCAGUGCAGCCGCAACCGACGCCGACUGGAUUCGGCAAGCCGAGCGGAAGGUCAGCACAACACACAACCAACACACCAACGACAAGCAGCCACAGACAUGCAACGCAAUGCUUCCCAGAUGGUUCGGUGUGGCUGACUGGAGGAUCCUUGCUUCGCCCUCUCGCUCGUUGAGUCACUCAGCCAUGACGUCGUAGCCCGCCUCACCAAGACUGCAAGUGACGAGUGGCCACCCAGUGUGACGCAAGUGCUCCUGAGCAACCCUG